UUCUGCAUCUGAGAAUCCAAGAAAACAAUGAGACUCGACGGAUAAGUACACACACAAUUCUUUGGUCCAAAACUUGGCCUUUUGAAGCCACAUAAAGCCAGAACACAAAAAUCAAAGAAACAAAAACAGCUACUCUGUGUCUUUACCUAUUUCAUUGGCCAUUGCUCAAUAUUCAAAGCUCCAUAAUUCUCACUACAAAAGUCAAACAACAUAGUAUCUUAGUUUCAUAGUAAAGGCAAGGCUCAACAAAUCAGCAGCUAGGAGCACUAUAUAAGUUGAGCCAAAGUAUUGUUCUUCCAAGAAAAAAGGAAGAAAGAAGACAUUUUUACGGGAUUUGGAAGAGGUAAUUGGCAGGCUAGCUUAUCCUCCUUAAUUUCUGAUUCUUGGACUUGAGUCCGCAAAAAUUUGUUGCUUUUGGUAGAAGGCACUAUCAUCGCACCAAUUUACCAUCUUGUUAACCCUCCAAAUUCAAUUCGAAACAUAAAAAAACAUGGAAUCACCACCUCCGAAAUUUGCACUUCCGGUGGACUCAGAACACAAGGCGACUGAAUUCAGGCUAUUCUCAGUGGCAGCACCCCACAUGAGAGCAUUUCAUCUAUCAUGGGUCUCUUUCUUUGCUUGUUUUGUGUCUUCUUUUGCAGCUGCACCGCUCGUCCCAGUUAUACGUGACAACCUCAACCUCACAUCCACUGAUAUUGGCAAUGCAGGGAUUGCAUCAGUCUCUGGUGCCGUCUUUGCCCGGGUUGCCAUGGGAAGUGCCUGCGACUUAUUCGGACCCCGCCUUGCCUCUGCUUCACUCAUUCUCCUCACUGCACCGGCGGUUUUCUGCUCUUCCAUUGCCUCAUCUCCUACCUCUUUCCUCCUAGUGCGUUUUUUCACAGGCUUCUCCUUAGCAACUUUUGUCUCUACUCAAUUCUGGAUGAGCUCUAUGUUCUCUGCUCCAGUGGUUGGUACUGCCAAUGGUGUUGCUGGUGGCUGGGGGAACCUGGGUGGUGGAGCAACACAACUGAUCAUGCCCUUGGUGUUUGGGGUAAUCCGUGACAUUGGUGCAGUCAAAUUUACAGCUUGGAGAAUAGCUUUUUUUAUUCCUGCCCUUUUUCAAACAUUAUCUGCAUUUGCAGUUCUUAUCUUUGGUCAGGACAUGCCUGAUGGGAACUUCCAUGGCCUGAAGAAAUCAGGAGAGAAGGCAAAAGAUAAAUUUUCAUGGGUUUUCUAUUAUGGGUUCACAAAUUAUAGAGGAUGGAUUCUGGCUUUGACUUAUGGUUAUUGCUUUGGGGUAGAACUGGCAGUGGAUAACAUAAUAGCAGAGUACUUUUAUGAUAGAUUCAAUCUAAAUCUCUCCACUGCAGGAAUAAUAGCAGCAAGUUUCGGGUUAGCGAAUCUGUUCUCUCGACCUGGAGGAGGGAUUCUCUCAGACAUAGUGGCAAAGAGGUUUGGAAUGAGGGGAAGGCUAUGGACCUUGUGGGUGGUGCAAACCUUGGGGGGUGUUUUCUGCAUAAUUUUGGGGCAGGUGGGAUCUUUAAGUGGAUCCAUUAUUGUGAUGGUUGCUUUCUCUGUGUUUGUCCAAGCUGCAUGUGGGCUUACAUUUGGAGUAGUUCCUUUUGUCUCUCGAAGGUCAUUGGGGGUUGUUUCCGGUAUGACAGGAGGUGGCGGAAAUGUGGGCGCAGUUGUGACUCAACUAAUUUUCUUCAGAGGAUCCAAAUAUUCAAAACAAACAGGCAUAACUCUAAUGGGUAUCAUGAUCAUAUGCUGCACCCUCCCAUUAUUCUUAAUAUACUUCCCACAAUGGGGUGGGAUGUUUUGUGGCCCAUCAAAAAAGGCGAAUGCGACAGAAGCAGAGUAUUACUUGUCUGAAUGGAAAUCAAAUGAGAAGGAGAAAGGCUUUCAUCAAGCAAGCUUGAAGUUUUCUGAGAACAGUGUAAGCGAAAGAGGCGGAAAAGUAGACUCUGUAACCAGGCCCUCGGAUGAGACCUCACCAGCAAAUGUUUAGCAACUGCCUCAAGCCUCAAUAAUGGGUUGACUCUUGACUGUUCUGCCAAAAAAAUCUCAAAGCUACGCAAGUAAUAAUAUGUGUUUAUUGCUUUCUCAUCAAGUUUUAGUGUGAUCAAGUCAGUAAUUUCAAGCUGUGAAAGCUAUUAAUAGCCUUGUAAUUCAUUUGCUCCAUGGCCUCAUUGAUAUUUAAGUUUGCAUAUGUUUUUCA